AUGGCAGAAAUACAAACUGCGAGACGUAAGAGAAAGAGAAACAAUGAGCAGCUUCCAAAAAAUGGUGAUGAGGAAAUAACUGAUCCCUCAUCUGAAGAAGUCGAAAAUUCUGAUAAUGAGUCGUCAGAACGUUCAGAUGCAGAAGUGCUAAGUUCUGAUGAAGAAUUCAGCGGGGAGAAUCCAGCGGAUAAAAGAAGAAGGCUUGCAAAGCAAUAUUUGGAAAAUUUAAAAGACGAAGCAAAUGAUAUCAUGCGUGAAGAAUCACAGACUAAAGAAGGGGAGGUAAACAAGGGUUUGGUAGAUGAUUAUAGUAAUUUUGAUGCACGUGAAAUGGAUAAGGAUAUUUUGGCAUCUCGUUUGCAACAAGACGUUGCAGAACAACACGGGCGGGUGCAUAGAUUCAUCGCUGAUAAAUUACUUUUAUCCGAGGCUACUACUUGCUUCACGAGGGUGGGAGAAAAUAAUUUGACGUGUAUAAGUUGUUUUGUUCCCCCUGUAAAUAAAUUCAAUCAUCUUGAUGAUCAAAGGAGUGCAAAAAAUAGAGGCAAACUUUUCGCAUACACUGUGAGCAAGGACUUGCAAUUGACAAAAUACGACGUUACGGAUUUCAGUAAGAGACCUAAGAAACUGAAGUAUGUAAAAGGAGGUGCAAAAUACAUACCUGAGAAUCCUCACGAAUACGAAAAUACAACUAUGGGUCAUUAUAAAGAGAUUUUAACCGUAGCAGCCUCCCCAGAUGGUAAAUAUGUUGUUACAGGAGGUAGGGACAAAAAGGUGAUUGUAUGGAGCACAGAGUCAUUGGCACCGUUGAGGGUUUUUCCUACAAAAGACCGUCGAGGCGAAGUAAUAUCGUUACUUUUCAGGAGAAACACUGACCAACUUUAUGUAGCGUGCGCAGAUUACAAGAUAAGGACAUACUCUAUCAAUCAAUUAUCUCAAUUGGAAACUUUAUAUGGACAUCAUGAUAUAGUAGUUGAUGUAUCCUCUUUGGGGCUUGAAAGAUGUGUUACCGUGGGUGCUCGUGAUAAAACCGCCAUGCUUUGGAAAAUUCCAGAUGAGACGAGGUUGACUUUUAGAGGUGGUGAUGAUACUGAUAGACUAAAAAAGAAAUGGUUGAGAGAGAAUAGUGUGUCAUCCCCCGAUGGAGAAGUUACAUCUCCAAAUGAAUCUGAAAUACCAGCAUUUUACAGCGAGGGAAGCAUUGACGUUGUCAGCAUGAUAGACGACUCUCAUUUUGUAACCGGUUCUGAUAACGGAAAUAUAUGUUUAUGGUCUUUGGCAAAAAAGAAACCAGUUUAUACAAUGAGAGCAUCCCAUGGUAUCAUUCCCUUGCCAGAAUUAACACAAAUUUCUGGAGAAGCCAGUGAUGAAGUAAAAUCAAAGCAGCUGGAAGAAAAAAGACUUGCUAGGCCAUAUUGGGUAACUGCUCUUCAUGCAAUACCCUAUUCCAAUAUCUUCAUAUCUGGUUCUUGGAAUGGUAACCUAAAAGUAUGGAAACUUGCUGAAAAUAUGAGGGAGUUUUCAUUACUGGGAGAUUUAUCGAAUUGUAAAGGCGUCGUCACAAAGAUACAAGUGGUAGAAAGUGGAAAACAUGGUAAGGAAACUUUUCGUGUACUGGCAACCGUGGCCAAAGAGCAUAAAUUGGGUAGAUGGAUUUCAAAAGUCCCAGCUGCCAGAAAUGGAAUAUACUCUGCAGUUAUACAGCAAGGUAUCUUUUGA